CGGGGACGCGAGGGGAAGGCGGGCCGCCAGGGUGGCGCGCGGUUUGCGAGCGGGAGACGGGAGCCUGGAUUCCCCCUGCGUACGGGCCACCUGCUGCCUGCCGUCGUCUUGGAGGCACGCGCCCCUCCUCGCUCUCGGGGGAGCCAGGCACCAGGGAGAGGCGGGCCGUGGGCGACGGGGAAUUGUCUCCACCCACUGAGUUCACGCACCGCGGCCUAAACGCGGGGCUCCCUUCUGUGUUUGGCUUCCUAGCGGUGGCACUGAUCGGUUCGCUAGGACACUUGAGAUAAGUCGGUAUAUGGUUAUCCCUGAGUGGGGCUCUUCAAGCUUGGGAACCAGAAAGCUCAGAACUUGAAUCCCGAAGUCUAACAUGAGUAGGAGUUUUGGAUGAAUUCGUCUGUUUCCUGUAGGACCACAACCAAACAGAAUUUUGCAUUUCCUCUAGAAAUGAAUAGAAAGUGACCAUUGAUUCGAUACCACUCGUUUGAUGAACUGUCCUCAUGUUUUACAUUGCCACUUAAUCUCACUACUGUGAAAAGCUUCCUUCCUUUUAAAUUUCAACACACAAAAAGCUACUACAGUUUCUACAGGAAUUCUCACAGCAGACUAUCUCUAGGACCCAUGAAAUCAAGAAGCAGGUGGAUGGACUAAUACGGGAGACUAAAGCCACAGACUGUCGCCUGCAUAAUGUCUUCAAUGACUUCCUUAUGCUGUCGAAUACCCAGUUCAUUGAGAAUCGUGUGUAUGAUGAAGAAGUGGAGGAGCCAGUACUCAAAGCUGAGGCAGAAAAAACGGAACAGGAAAAGACCCGGGAACAAAAAGAAGUAGACCUGAUUCCCAAAGUCCAGGAGGCUGUGAACUAUGGUUUACACGUUCUAGACAGUGCAUUUGAGCAACUUGACAUAAAAGCAGGAAACUCAGACUCUGAAGAAGAUGAUGCUAAUGAGCGAGUGGAACUUAUCCUUGAACCAAAGGAUCUGUACAUCGAUCGUCCUUUACCCUAUCUCAUUGGAUCAAAACUGUUCAUGGAGCAGGAAGAUGUAGGACUUGGAGAGCUUUCUAGUGAAGAAGGUUCUGUAGGCAGUGAUCGUGGUAGUAUUGCAGACAGUGAAGAAGAAAAAGAAGAGGAGGAAUCAGAUGAAGAUUUUGCCAAUCACAGUGACAAUGAUCGAAACCAGCACACUGCACAAAUGAGUGAUGAGGAAGAGGAUGAUGAUGCUGACCUUUUUGCUGACUCUGAGAAGGAGGAGGAAGAUAUUGAAGAUGCUGAAGAAACUAUUAAACCUAAAAGACCUACAUCAUUUGCUGAUGAGCUAGCAGCUCGGAUCAAAGGGGAUACUUUGAACCGACUAGAAGAGGAGCAGACAGGUGAAUCUCGGAGGCAAGCUUUAUCCUCAGGAGAUGCAAAACCUUGGAAGACAUUGAAAGAGAAGAAGGAUAAGAGAACGCCUUCAGAUGAUGAAGAGGACAACCUGUUUGCACCUCCCAAGCUGACUGAUGAAGACUUCUCACCAUUUGGCUCCAGAGGCGGCCUGUUCAGUGGAGGGCAGGGACUUUUUGAUGAUGAGGAUGAGGAGAGUGACCUCUUCAGGGAAGCCCCCCGGAAUCGGCAAGUGAAAGCCCUUGUUAGUGAAGAGUCUUCAUCCUCCAAACCUGGAAAGAAAAUCCCGGCAGGAGCUGUUUCUGUAUUUUUAGGGGAUACUGAUGUGUUUGGGGGCACCUCUGCUCCAUCACUGAAGGAGCCCCAGAAGCCUGAGCAGCCCACUCCAGGGAAAAGCCCAUAUCUCCCAGCUUCUGCUGGCCUUUUCGAUGAUGAUGACGGUGAUGACUUUUUUUCAGCAUCCUGCAGCAGACCUCCCAAGACAGAUAAAGUCAAAUCCACUGCCAGUAUCUUCAAUGAAGAGGAAGGAGAUCUGUUCAGAGAAAAAGCAGUGGCUUUGCCAGAAGCUACUGUUGGUCAGACAGAUGAAAACAAAGCAAGGACAGAAAAAACGGUUACCCUAUCCUCCAGCAAAAAUCUCAAGCUCUUAUCAGAAACAAAGACUCAAAAAGGUUUAUUUUCAGAUGAGGAGGACUCUGAGGAUUUGUUUUCUUCUCAAAAUGCGAGUAAGCCAAAAAGUGUGCCCAACAAGCUCCCAACUUCGCUUUCCCUGUUUGAUGAUGAAGAUGAAGAGGAUAAUCUUUUUGGGGCUGGGACUGUGGCUGCUAAGCAGACAUCAUCUCUACAAACUCACAGUCAAGAGAAAGCAAAACCCUUGGAGCAACCCAAAAAGAAAGCAUCUGCCUUGUUCAGCAGUGACGAGGAG